GGGUCAACGCUUAGCCCUCGUAUGGUAGGUACAUCAGCCCGCGUGAGAGUCUGGAGGACGACUCGUCUCCUCCUGGUAUUCCUCCUGUUAUGCUCUCUUCCUCGGUCUCUGUCGCUGCCUCGUUCUACCGCUGCGGCUGCUGCACAACGCUGGACGCUCCCCCAGUCCAGCGUUAACCUUCGGGAUCAGACAAGAAGCAACCUGCGCAAUGGAAACCGGCCGAGAAGAUCUGCUCGUUCGCACUCGGAGUCCGCCUUGCCGACGAGAAGGGCACAUCGCCAUCAGCAAAGCCGCUCCACCAACACAGAUUCACGGCGGCCCAUCAACCGUGACCGACGGCCCAAGGGUGACAUCCGCAUCAACGGGCGAGGGUCCAAGCCUACCGUCCCUCGUUCUUCGCGCGCGAGAACGAAGAACACCAAGACGGCGCCGAAUGCGUCGGUGACGUCAUCAACAACUCCCGACGACGAGGCAGCAGCGCCUCCUCCUAGUUUCUGGCACCGGCAACAACGCACCAGCGCAGACGCACCACCAGCGACCCGCACGGAUCGCCACCGCGCCGCGACCGCAGACAGAAUCCCCCCUACCACCGCGUCUAGAAGGUUCGGCCCUGGAGCGUGCGCUAGACGGCGGCGGGACGUCGCCGCCGGCGCCUCCCCGCCGUCCCGCACAAGGCGGCCUGGCCGGAUCGGGCGGGCCAAAGCUCGGCUCAAGCGUUCCAGGCGUUCGGGAGCCCAUGGGUUGGUGUCAACCGGCGCGUGUAGGUCUUUGGUGGCUCCGGGAGGCUGGUGCGAGGCGACCUCGGUCGGGAAAGCGACCGUGCACGUCGUUGCGGGAGCGCUCGCCUCGAGCCACUCCGUCGUGGCCGGUUUCGUCGUGGGCUUGGCCGUGUGGGCCUCCUGCGCCAAGAGGCUGACCGGGGCCGAAGACGACUGGAAGCAGGUCGCCAGGAUAACGAUCGAGGUGGCCAUCAUGUGGUACUGCCAUGCACUGCCGCACGGACUAGGUGCGGGGCGACCGCUCAGGGGGAACUUCGGGACGGGCAAGGCCGGGGAUUUGCUAGGAGCGAUGUGGCAUUUCUUGGGGCAGGGGACCUUCAUCCGACUGGUGGCCGCGUCGGGCCGGGUCGUCUCAUUGAACGUGCUGGAGGCGAACGGGAUCCUGCUGGGCCUCAGCCACCUCGGCAACGGGUUGGCCGGCUCCCGGAUGAGGCGUGUUGUUGGCGCCACGGCGGCGGCGGCGGCGACGACGACGACGACGACGACGGAGGCGCACGCAUAUCAACUGCGCGGGUUCUUCUCCCGAACGAACGGGAUAUUCGGAGAGAGGCCCAUCCUCUCCAUGCCGUUCGACACCGCCGAUACCUUGUUGGCCCUCCAGGGAAUUCUGAGUGCGACUGAACGAGAGGUGGUGCAGAAGAACGGGGUCCUGGCCUCCGCGUUCCGAGACUUCGCGGCGCAAUCAGCCAACACCCUCGACGCCCACUCUCUGGGCGCGGUCGGCGCGAGAAACCUGAUGGGCAUGGGGUUCAUCGCGGCCCGCGUUCGCAUGUUCGGGAGGCCGGCCCUGUCCCUUGGCUGGACGGAGAAGGCCACCAACAUGUGCAUGGAAGGGGACCCUAUCUGUGGGUCGUUGCUGCAAAAGCUGCUGGAUCCCACGUGCGUCAUGCUCAAGGGGAGAGGGCACUUUUACGAUGCGUACGUAGCCUGCGUUGCUUGCUUGGCCAACUGA